ACAGAGAGACGCCAAAGGAGCAAGAGGCGAAGGCCCGCUCCCAGCCCGACGAAGGGCUGCCAAGCGUGCAGAAGCGCCGCCAGGCGCGACCCAACCUGCCACAGGCAGGACCGCCGUGCAGCCAGAGCCCAUCCUCAUCCAUCCAUGGGGUCAGGCUGCCACUGCUCCCCUGCCCAGAGAGGUCGCAGGCCUCUAGGAACCAGAACACACAGACAGACAGGCCGGAGCUGAGGCAGGCACUGCCCCGCAGCAGUGCCACCAGUGAACGGAGAGAGCCUCUACCAGCCUUGCUGCCUCUGCCAAGGCAGGCAGUGACACUGACAGCCACACCCUGGCAUUCAGUGGGAGCUGCAAAUGUCCCCCGGCUGCCCGCUCUGCCAGCAGUAGGCUCCACCACUUCUGCGCCAUGCAGAGACCGCAUCGCGAGCACCAAGGCUGUCAGACUCCCCGAGGUCAUCCCACGUCCUCAAGGAAACCUGAGUAAACAGCAAAUGGCAGCAACUGCCGAAAGCUGGGGGACAGCCCUGCAAGUCCUCACAUCCAUUCUGGCACCUCUGCAGGCCAGACCCAAGCAAGACAAUGGGCUACCCCCGAGCCAUGCUGCAGCCAGGAGCCCAAGACUCAGGGUGCAGCUGAGGGUACUAAGGCACCAUGCCCCUCCCAGCAGUCUGGCAACACCAGCAAGGACAGCCCAGGUGCCGGCCACCAAGACUGAAAAGAUGCCGGCAGCACAGACAGAAACAGAUCAGCAUGCUCAAGAGGGCACAAGAGCUGCUGGUGGGACCUCCAAGCCAUGUUCCCUGGCAGCAGCACCGGGCCCAGCAGCACAGGCAGACAGCAUUGCCUGCCACCCUCAGGGCGAGACCCCGCACCCUGGGGACGUGGCACAGUAUCUGGCAGUCCUGGACAGUGAGCCAGAGCCUCUGGAGGAGCUGGAGAGCACCGCUGCAGGACCAUCAAGGGAGGAACAGAGGGACUUGACGCAGGAGGAGGAGCAAAGAGAUGCUGCUACCAAGGACCCAUCAGGAGGGAGGCAGCAGAAGGAAGCCACCUCGAACCUUCACCAGGACCCAGACGCAGCCCAGCAGCAGGGGCCUGGCUCACCCCACAACACUGGAAGAGAUUCUGCUGGAGAGGCAGUCAGCCACGCACAGAGCGCAUCUCUUGCCCUGUCAGGGCCAACCAAUGCUGAGCCAGCAGCUUCUGCACAGGCCGCAGGUCCUGUCAGUGAGGGGGACAAGGAGCCUCUGCGUGCAUCAGCACCCAGAGAUGCUAAUUCGCCUUCUCCCCUGCCUGCUGCUAUGCCUGACCCUUCCACAAACACCCAGGGAAGACCGUCGACAUUGCAAGACCGGGUCAAGAUCAACUGGGAUGUCUAUGGGCGCUCUUCCUUUUUGCCAGCAAUGCGGACCAUUCCUAGUGGGGAGAGGGAAGGCUGCCAGUUGUCCUGGUGGAAUGUGUCCUGGCCGAGCAGCGUGAGGGUUCCAAGACUGCGAAGGACCCGGGCAGCACAUGAUGGUGACACAGCUGCCGGCACUGCACCCAGCGCAUCGGGCAGCCAGGAGAUGGCAGUGAGGACCGCGGGCCAGCACCUUCCCUACCUUUGCACCGCAACGAGUAAGACCACUCUGCAGGAUGUUCAGGAAGAGUGGGAAGAGAGCCCCAAGAGAGAAGCUGUGGCAGAAGCAGACGACGUCCCGCCCAGCACAUCUCCUGCCCCAUCUGGUGAGGCAGCUGCCAGGCCUUCAGCUGCUCCUAUGGCAGCAGUUCCCAGGCCCGAGGAUCUCACCCCUGUCUGCAUGCCCGAAGAUGGAAAAUCUUCAGCUUCUCCCCUGGCUGCAGACCCUGUGGAGGAGGCCAGCACAGCACCUCUCACCCAAUCGGCAUGUGAGGAAGAAGAAGCAGCACCUUCUCCCCUGGCUGGGGGCCUUCCGCAAGAGGUUUCCUCCGAGCCCAGAGGCAGUGCACAGCGCUCCUCGCACUUCCAAGCAGUGCCAGAGGAAGGCCCAGGCACCACUGCCCUCCCGCACGUUGUGGCUCACUGGCGAUGGCCCAACCUCUUCAGAACAGCGCUUCAGGCUCUGCGCAGGGCUUUCUCCUGCAGCUGCAUCACAGGAGACCGAGAGCAGCGGCGUGAGGCUGCCAGAACCAGGCAACUCCCUAGAGAUGGCAGCUUCGGUCCCGAGGACGGGGCUUCUGAAUAAAAUCGUUCAGAACUCUUUCCUAGCUGAGGGCUGUCUCUUCUGUUCUGUUCUGUUCUGUUCUGUGUGCAUGGGUGUCUACAGGCUGUGAGUGCUGCUGCUGGGGUCAGACCCCGGGGCAGUGGGUCCCCAUUUCUGUGGUGCCAGUGCCUAGAGGGAUCGCGGGUGUGUGAGGCAGUGUGAUGGCUGGCGAAGGUCAAACCGGACGAGCCGGUGAGUGUGGUAGGUGGAGGGCCGAGUGGCUCUGGGAGGGCCCUGGGCGUGCAAGUGCACAUGUGUCUCCAGACCACGCUGGGGUCACUGUGUUGGGGAUAAAAGGCUUAAAUUGGUCUGAUGUGAAAUAGCCAUUGUUUUAAGACUAGCAAGGGGAAACUCUGACCUUGCAACGAUACAUAAUGCUUGCUCAGUGAUACGGCACCAGGCUGCAGUCAUCCAGCUUGAGACAAUACUGCCAUCCACACAAUUCCAGUAUUCUGUCACCCUCACAGAAAAGGAAUGCCCCCUCAUGUUCAGCCAGAACAUCUUGUGCUUCAGUGUGUGCCCGUUGCCUCUCAUCAUGUCGCUAGGCACAACUGAAAAGAGACUUGCU